UAUAAGGAAGGCCUCUCAGCAUCGUGCCCUCCAUUUUCUUCGAAACAGCGUAAUGUCGCACAGGAAAUUUAGCGCCCCUCGACAUGGGUCGAUGGGAUUCUACCCGAAAAAGAGAUCCCAAAGACACCGGGGAAAAGUAAAGGCUUUCCCCAAAGACGAUCCUAGCAAACCAGUGCACUUAACUGCUUUUAUUGGUUAUAAAGCUGGUAUGACGCACAUCGUGAGGGAAGCUGAUCGUCAAGGGUCAAAGAUAAAUAAAAAGGAAAUUGUGGAGGCAGUUACUAUCCUUGAAACACCACCAAUGAUUGUGGUUGGCAUCGUUGGAUACAUUGAAACUCCACAUGGACUUAGAGCGCUUUCUACUGUCUGGGCGGAACAUUUGUCAGAGGAUUGCCGCAGACGUUUCUACAAGAACUGGUACAAGAGCAAAAAGAAGGCGUUCACCAAAGCAUCGAAGAAAUGGCAGGACGACAUCGGUCGCAAGUCCAUCGAAGCGGAUCUGAAGAAGAUCAAAAAGUACUGCAGCGUUGUUCGCAUUAUCACUCAUACUCAGAUGAAGCUGCUGAGACAACGUCAGAAGAAAGCCCACAUCAUGGAAGUCCAGCUGAACGGCGGCACCAUCGAGGACAAGGUGCAGUGGGCUCGUGAACACUUGGAAAAGCCUGUGCCUGUUAGCAGCGUGUUCGCUCGCGACGAGAUGAUCGACGUGAUCGGAGUCACCAAGGGUAAAGGCUACAAAGGUGUGACUUCCAGGUGGCACACGAAGAAAUUGCCUCGCAAAACACACAAGGGUCUGCGUAAGGUAGCUUGUAUCGGUGCGUGGCAUCCGAGCCGUGUGUCGUUCACUGUCGCGCGUGCUGGUCAGAAAGGGUAUCACCACCGUACUGAGAUGAACAAGAAGAUCUACAGGAUCGGCCAAGGCAUCCACACCAAGGACGGCAAGAUCGUGAAGAACAACGCCUCAACAGAGUACGAUCUCACCGAGAAGACCAUCACGCCCAUGGGCGGUUUUCCGCACUAUGGUGAAGUGAACAAUGACUUCAUCAUGAUCAAAGGAUGCUGCAUGGGUCCAAAGAAACGCGUGAUUACGCUGAGAAAGUCCUUGCUGGUGCACACCAAGAGGUCCGCCUUGGAGAAGAUCAACCUGAAGUUCAUCGACACCAGCUCCAAGUUCGGACACGGUCGCUUCCAGACCGCCGCGGACAAGGCCUCCUUCAUGGGACAGCUCAAGAAGGAUCGCAUCCGCGAGGAACAAGCGCAAGCCUCCAGCUCCGCGCCGAGCGCUGCCGCGACUCAAUAGGAUCGUUCUAUUCUGUAUUCUGCACGAUCUCUGAGAGAACAAUAAAUUUGAAAAGUUAACUUUUUCAAAUAUUUAUUAUA